UUUAAAUGUCCUAGAAAAUAAGAAGACGGUACACCAGUGUUCAUUUGGCAACGGCCAAGCGCUUUACAGUCAUGUCUGAAGACAGCUCCCAGCAUGGACCAUCAGCUCUAAACACACCAGAUAAUGAAAUAAAUAAUGGUGAUGUUAAUAUAAAGUCCUUGGUUAGUCAGGGGACUGCGAAUUUAGGUUCAGCUUCCAUAGAUUCAGUAAUCGCUCAGUUGUUGCAGAUGCUGGAGGCAGCGAAGGCCCGUCGCUCAGCAAGCUUGCAGAGAAAUGAAGAAUCGUCACCGUUCAGUAACAGGACUGUCAGCGAGGAGCUGAAUACAGACAGGGCCUCAGAGCAUCCUCAGCAGUUUAACAAGAGACACAUGGGCAAAAUGGGCGACUGCUCAGCAUCCACCUCACUGAACUCCGCAGACGGCUGGAACUCAGCCAGCUCUGAAGAUGAGACUUCUCCUCGAGACAUAGAGCAGAAGAACUCUGAAGGGAGUAAAGACUUCUGUGUCAAAGACAUCAAUCAGGCUUCGUAUGGUCGCAAGGAAAUUGAACUAGCAGAGCAAGACAUGCCAGCGCUGAUGAUGCUGAGAAGGGCAGGCCAGGCCGAAAAACCAUUAGCAGGGGCUAAAAUAGUGGGCUGCGUCCAUAUCACAGCACACAUGGCCGUCCUGAUAGAGACGCUGUCUGCUCUGGGUGCAGAGUGUCGAUGGGCUUCUUGUAAUAUCUACUCCAUCCAAAAUAAAAUAGCCGCAGCUCUAGCAGAGGCCGGUAUCCCUGUGUUUGCAUGGAGAAGGGAGUCUGAGGAUGAAUAUUUCUGGUGUAUAGAUAGUUGCGUUAAUGUGAAAGGCUGGGAGCCGAACAUGAUUCUUGAUGAUGGAGGAGACAUGACCUACUGGAUCUAUAAGAAAUACCCGCAGCUCUUUCAGAGCAUGAAGGGGAUUGUUGAAGAAAGUGUUUCUGGUGUUCGCAGAUUAUAUAAAAUGUAUAAGACCGGGAAGCUUUGUUGCCCUGCAAUAAACACCAACGACUCAGUGAUGAAGCAAAAGUUUGACAAAUUUUAUUGCUGCAAGGAAUCGCUACUGCAUGGUUUAAAGAAGACCACUGCUCUGACUGUAGGUGGAAAGCGAAUAGUCAUCUGUGGAUAUGGAGAUGUGGGAAAAGGCUGCUGUACUGCUCUGAAAGGGAUGAAAGCAAUAGUAUAUGUGACAGAGAUCGACCCUAUUUGUGCACUACAAGCCUGCAUGGAUGGUUUUCAAGUGGUCAGACUGAAUGAGGUCAUAAAAGUGGUGGACGUUGUUAUUUCCUGCACUGGAAAUAAAAAUGUUGUAACACGAGAGCACAUGGAUCAGAUGAAGAAAGGCUGUAUUGUCUGCAACAUGGGCCACUCCAACACAGAGAUUGACGUGGCCAGUCUGAUGACACCAGAGCUGACUUGGCAUCAUGUAAGAACACAUGUGGAUCACAUCGUUUGGCCAGACGGCAAAACCAUAGUGCUACUGGCAGAGGGUCGGCCGGUUAACCUGAGCUCCUCUGCUGUGCCUGUUUUCGUCUUGUCCAUUACGGAAAUAACUCAGGUUUUGGCAUUGAUCGAGCUGUUUAAUGCACCUGAUGAACAUUACAAACAAGAUAUUUACUCGUUUCCUAAGAAAAUGGAUGAGUAUGCAGCACUGCUGCACCUUCAGAACUUUGAUACAGACCUAACUGAGCUCACAGAUGAGCAGGCCAAGUACGUAGGGGUGAACAAGAACGGCCCCUUUAAGCCAAACUAUUACAGGUAUUAAGCUGUGGAGUGGGUCAGCGCGCACAACAAGUAGUCCAAACUGGAGCCCAAUCUCACUUUGAACCGGAACGGAUCUGAUUUACAUUCUGAACAUAUUUUAAUCUGUUCUUCCAUAAAUAUCCUCAAAUAUUAUCAGCUUUGCAUCUGGUUAAAAUUUCCUAAAAUUUUUAACCUAUAUGUAUGUUUUAUUAAAUGCAACUGGGUCUCAUA